AAAAACAUCAGUCGCACGUGUUAAUUUUUUUCCACAAAAUUGAAAUAAUUAGUGAUUUUCCUCGAGUUUUUAUAUUUUAAACGAAUAAUAUAAAUAAUACAAAAUAUGGAAAAAUAUGCCGUGCCUAAUAAACUGCCUGGCAAAACUGUCUCAGUUUUGACCCAUCGCAAACGGCGCAUUCUACAGGACAAGGCAACGCUCGAACAAAAAAAGAAGCUUAAAACUGAACGCGUAGCUAAAGCCAAACAACAUCACAAGUUCCGUAGAGCAGAAUCUUUUGUAAUGAACUACCUUAAAGCAGAACGUACUGCCAACCGCAUCAAGAGAACCGUAAGACGCAGUAACAUCUGGGAUACAAAUGAUAACGAAAAGACUAAUCAAAAAUUGUUGUUGGUAAUGAGACAUGCUGGCAAAAAGAUAUUCGAUGAAACUACAAAUAAAAUCAUGAAAACAUUAGGCUUAAAUCUUCGCCACAAUGCGGUGUUUUUGGAGAACAACAAAGAGAAUCAAAUUCUAUUGAAGGUGAUAGAACCUUUUGUGGUCUAUGGUUAUCCCAAUAUUGGUACCAUACGUGAAUUGGUAUUUAAGAAAGGUUUCGCCCGCAUUAAUGGCAAAAAGACAGCCAUUCAGUCAAAUACAAUGAUUGAAGAGAAUUUGGGCGAAAAGGGCAUCAUCUGUUUGGAAGAUAUAAUUCAUGAAUUGUUUACAGUAGGACCUAAUUUCCAAGCGGUAAAAGAGUUUUUGUGUGCCUUUUUGCUGUCAAGUCCCCGCGAAGGUUGGAAGAAUAAAGUAUCUGUACCUUUUAAACGUGGCGGUGAAUAUGGUGAUCGUGGUAAUGGUAUCAAUGAGUUAAUAGCUCGUUGCAUAUAAAUGUACAUAAUUAAGUUUUUUAUUUUAUAUAAAUGCUUUAUUAUAGAAUUUUUAAAUAAAUUUAGUUUUUUAAGGUAAAAAAUGUAAAA